AUGCGUUCUCACGAUGGGUACAUCCAGGUAUUACUACUCAAGGUCAACAAGGAAGGACCCUCUAAAAAGGAUAUUUGGCGAGCUCCUGGUAACCAUGCCCAAAUCCGGACGCUUGCGAGGCAUAUGAGAGAUGGGACGCUUGUUAACAUCUCCCAUUUCGAUGAAAAGACAGUAGCUUCAGUAAUCAAGUUGUUUCUUUCGAAAAUACCUGGCGGUAUAUUUGGUUAUGAAAACGAGAAGAGAUUGGUGAUUUGCAGUCUUUGUGUGCCUUCGCAGCAUCUGCUGGUUCUUCUUUUCGGAACGUUUCAUAUGGUGUCUAAAGCUUCAGAUGUUGGUGUAGCUAGGAUGACUCCAGAUGCAUUGGGAAUAUCUGUUGCACCUUCACUUUUCCAUUCAUGUAUUCAUAUGCGUGAGGCAAAAAUAGAGGAUGUUAUGCGUUCGAAGGUCGCAUCUGAAGUAAUUUCUAAAGUUAUUCAGAAUUUUGGCCAUAUCAGUUUGUUUCCAAAAACCUGUUACGAAUUUUAUGCGCGAAUGACGGGUAGAACGAUGCGGGUAGAUGAGAAUGCUGUUAAGUUGCUGUUCACGCUUCCCAAUAGUAAGAGUUUUUUGAGGAACUGUCGAGCAGCUAAGUUAAAUGUUUUAGAUUAG